AUGGAGCUGACCUUCCUGGGGACAGCCUCCUGCCUCCCCUCGCUCACCCGAGGAGUCUCCUCCAUCGUACUCAGGAUGAGCAACAGGAAGACGUCGGCGGGGUCCUCCAGCUGGGUGUUCGAUGCCGGGGAGGGGACACAGAUCCAAGUGCAGAAGAGCUGGGUCCGUCCGUCGUCCAUCGACAAGAUCUUCGUCACGCAUCUCCAUGGCGACCACUCCUUCGGCAUCGUUGGACUCAUGUGCCUCAUCGGGCAGAACCGCGACAGGGACGACCCUCUCACCCUCUACGGGCCCGCGGGGCUCCGCGCCCUCAUCAGGUCCACCCUCCAGCUCACCUGCUCCCGCGCUGUCCCCUUCUACAGGGUGGUCGAGCUCCACGACGUCCCCUUCCUCCAUGGACGGUACAUGAGAGAGCCGGCCAGCGCUUGCGACGGGCUGGAGCCUCCGUUCGACAGGAGAUACAAGGAGGACGGGAUGAUUGUGCAGGCGGCGGCGAUGCAGCAUACGAUGCCGUGUGUGGGGUACAUGGUCCAAGAGCCGAGGGCGGAGCCCCGCCUGCUCGUGGACAAGGUCGAGGAGAUGGUGGAGAAGAACAAGGAGGGGCUGAAGAAGAAGUAUGGCAAGAACUAUAAGGCCGUGUACAGGGACAUGAAGAAGCUCGGGAUGGAUGACAGGUUCGAAAUGCCCAACGGUGACGUCAUCUUCGGUCACGACGUCCUCCUCCCCUCAAAGCCGGGACGCAAGGUCGUCAUCCUGGGCGACACGUGCGAUGCCUCUGCGAUGCUCCGACUAGCUGAGGAUGCGGAUGUCUUGGUACACGAGGCAACCAACGCCUGGAUCCCUGGAGUGGAACGCGACACCAUGGCACAUGGUCACUCGACGCCUCAGAUGGCUGGAAGAUUUGCUCGGGCCAGCAGAGCCAAGAGACUGAUCCUGACGCACUUCAGCCCGCGGUAUCGAUUCGACAAGAGCGAGUAUUGCGCGCGAACUAUGAAGGUCCUCCUCCUCCUCCUUGUUUACUUCCCUUUCCUCGUCCUCCUCUACUUCCAUCCUCCUUCAGCUCCUAGCCUACUUCCCUCCUCUUUCACUCCUCCUAGUCUACUGCUCUCUUCUCUUACUCGUCUCGUCGCAGAGGAUCGAGGAGUACGCGAUAAAGGAAUCCAUGCUGGAACAAGAACACGUCACAGCUGCCUUCGACCUCAUGACGGUGACUGCUGCCCACAGCUCCCAUCCUCCUCGUCUCCUCACCACCCUCAUCUGAUCGCAUCGCAUCUCAGGUUGCGCUGGAGAGGCCAGGGUACGAAGACAGCAAGUCUUGAUCGUCAAUGA